CGUCCGCAAAGCCUGUGGACCGCUGUGGUUUGUUACCCGUUUAAUUUAGGGCUGAGUGGGGGGUCUCUUCGUCUGGCAGAUGGACGAUAACAUGGCAGUGCAUCACUGCCGUCCGCUUUCUUGAUUCCGGCAUCGAACCCGCAACUUCAUGUCCGAAGGAGCCAGAGCUGCCUGGUCGAAGAGGGGUUGUGGGGAUUCGCACCGCCGAGAACCAGGGAAACAUAAACACAGGAAAUGCGAGCGGCCCCCUAGCGCUCAGCCAUCAAAGCCUGUGAUUGUUCGCCCGGGCUCUAAAAGGUGUGUUAUGUCGGGGGCAGAUGUGGAGGUGUACCUGUCCCAGGUGCACGAUGGGAGUGUGUCGUCGGGCUUCCGGGCGCUUUACGAGGAGCGCCUGCUGCUGGAUGUCACGCUGUUGAUAGAGGAGCACCACUUCCAGGCCCACAAGGCGCUUCUGGCCACCCAGAGCGACUACUUCCGGGUCAUGUUCACAGCAGACAUGAGGGAGCGGGACCAGGACAAGAUCCACAUGAAGGGGCUGACAGCCGCUGGGUUCGGCCACAUUCUCCGGUUCAUGUACUACGGCUCUCUGGAGCUCAGCAUGCCCACCGUCCAAGAGAUCCUCCAGGCGGCCAUGUACGUCCAGCUGACGGAGGCGGUGGAGUUCUGCUGCUCCUUCCUGCUGGCCAAAAUCUGUCUGGAGAACUGUGCCGAGGUCAUGCGCCUCCUGGAGGACUUCAGCGUGGGCGUGGAGGGCGUCCAGGAGCAGCUCGACAACUUCCUACUUGACAACUUUGUGCCCCUCAUGAGCCGGCCCGACUUCCUGUCCUACCUCGGCCUGGAGAGACUGCAGGCGUACCUGAACAGUGACGCUCUGAGUCGCUUCCCAGAAAUCGAGCUGUAUGAAGCGGUCCAGGCGUGGCUGCGACACGACCGGCGGCGGUGGAGGCACACCGACACCAUCGUGCAGUCCAUCCGCUUCUGCCUCAUGACUCCUGCUAACAUCUUUGAGAAGGUGAAGACGUCAGAGUUUUACCGUUACUCCAGACAGUUGAGGCAGGAGGUCGAUCAGGCCCUCAGCUACUUCCACGAUGUCAACCAGCAGCCUCUGGUGGAGACGCGCUCCAACCGUAUCCGCUCGGUCCGCCCGCAGACCGCCGUGUUCAGGGGAAUGAUCGGUCACAGCAUGGUCAACAGCAAGAUCCUGCUGCUGCAGCGCCCGAAGGUGUGGUGGGAGCUGGAGGGACCUCAGGUGCCGUUGCGACCGGACUGCCUGGCGAUCGUUAACAACUUUGCCUUCCUGUUGGGUGGAGAGGAGCUGGGACCCGACGGGGAGUUUCACGCCUCCUCCAAAGUCUACCGCUAUGACCCUCGGCAGAACUCCUGGCUGCGCAUGGCCGACAUGUCUGUGCCCCGGUCAGAGUUUGCCGUCGGCGUCAUCGGGAAGUUUAUUUACGCCGUAGCGGGCCGCACGCGAGACGAGACCUUCUAUUCCACAGAGCGCUACGACAUCACAGAGGACCGCUGGGAGUUCGUGGACCCGUAUCCUGUAAACAAGUACGGUCACGAGGGAACGGUCCUUAAUGGUAAACUGUACAUCACCGGCGGCAUCACCUCCUCCUCCACCUCCAAACAGGUGUGCGUGUUUGAUCCGGGGCGGGAGGCGGGAGGCGGGGGAGGAGGAGGGAGCUCGGGCGGCUCAGACGCACACAGGACACGCGCCGGCCGAGGCCCGCUGCUGCCCGGCACCCACGCCAGCUGCUGGGAGAACAAAUCCAAAAUGAACUACGCCCGUUGCUUCCACAAGAUGAUCUCGCACAACGGGAAGCUGUACGUGUUCGGAGGCGUGUGCGUGAUCCUGCGGGCUUCCUUCGAGUCGCAGGGCUGCCCGUCCACCGAAGUGUACGACCCGGACACCGACGAGUGGACCAUCCUCGCCUCCAUGCCCAUAGGGCGCAGCGGCCACGGGGUGGCAGUGUUGGACAGGCAGAUCAUGGUGCUGGGCGGCCUCUGUUACAACGGCCACUACAGUGACUCCAUCCUCACCUUCGACCCCGAUGAAAACAAGUGGAAGGAGGACGAGUAUCCCAGGAUGCCUUGCAAACUGGACGGUCUGCAGGUGUGCAGUCUGCACUUCCCAGAGUAUGUGCUCGAGCACGUCAGACGCUGCAGCUGAGGUCUGCUCCACAACAAGCCUCCUUUUUAUAAAAAUGGGAAUUCACUGUUCGAGGACUGAAGUGUCCCGCUGGGAGAUCAGGUGUUUACAGGUGGGAGACUCUUCUGACGUGCAGGCUUUUAAACUAGAGACCAGCACUUUCCUAAGAUGAGGGAAAAGAUGGCCGGGCCAUACGUUGCUGUUCUUAUUGAAGCCAGUCGAAGCGUGGCGUGCCGAGACGUCACACGUCAACAGUCAGCUUGAACAUUUUCAGAAUUAGCUUUCUCAGAAAAUUACGGAAAAUAAUUUGUCAGGAGAAAAAAAAAAGUUUAAUUCUGCUGGUUUAUGUUUGGACUGUGGUCAGUUUGCUAUUCUACUACUCACCUACUGUAUUUAGGCUGUCCAGUCAGACUUACGGCAGAAACGCACUGGAAGCGUCACAUUCAUGCACAGACCUGCUUUUAUUUUAUUUCACUGGUCGAACAAACCAGUAUCACAGAUGUGUCUGAAUUAGGUUUUUUUCAGUCCUUUUAUGUAUUUAAAGGCAAACAAACAUCCUGUAUAUCGUUAAUCAAGGUGCUCUUUUUGAAAAAUAGGUUAGUGACAGCCAAGACGUGACUGCAGCUACUUCAAACACUCCAAAAAUGCCCUAUAAGCAAUAUAACAGCAAGUUAAAGCAUACAAUUAGGUAUGUAAACAAAGUAUGGACACUAUAUACUGCAGUGUAGAUCAUUUUAUAGCCUGUCUCCAAAUAUAUGACGCAGAUUGUAGAGAGACCAGCGAACAGAUGCUAACGCUUCGAUCUGCUGCCAGCUGUAAACCGUCAGAUUCCUCAGACAGAAACUCAGACGUCGCUUCCAGUGCGUUCCUGCGAUUGGUCCUAAUUCUGCUCUUUACUCCCAGAUAUCCACCAUACUGUGCUCAUGUCCAUAUAACAUCACCGUGUGUGUGUGCGCGUGCGUGUGUGUGUGUGGAUGUGUGUUAGAGAGGAAAACACUACAUGGUACACGAGGGCUCAUUCUUCAUUUCGUGAUGAUGUCGUUUGAUGAUGGCGACAGGGACUGGCACACCGCAGGGGUCAAAGGUUGUUGUCUGUAUCCGUCUGGUCACUGGCAGUGCUUCAUCUACUCGUCUACAUUCCCUGCACUUUAUUGGUUCUUGUUGUGGCUCUUGGGUGUAAAUGCACAGUUUACCAGCGGACCUCCACAGCAGGCUGUAAUGUUUUUAGCAGCGUCUGAAAUUAACUUCCUGGCUGACGAGUCAAGCUGAGCUGAAAAUGUGCCCUCCAUCAUGCAGCUGCUUGAAAUAUCUAAGAAACAUUGGGACUCCUGCAAACGCGUUUUCAUAUUCUUGGCCUAAAAUUCUCUUUAUUUCCAGCUACAAGUCAGAUUCACCAAACUCUCUUAACUGCACAAACUUGCCAUGAAUCCCAUGUUUGAGCCUCAUGAACGCCACCUGUCCCUGCGGAGGUGAAGGACUUUGAGCUUCCAGCAUUAGCAUGAUUGAGAGCCCUAAAAUUUUUAAGGCUGCCUGUUGUGCUCUGUUUGUGAGAGGUUUCAUUCACAGAAAUGUUUCCAAAGAGAAAAAAGAAACAUGCGGGUACACAUCAUGAAAUUUCAAGUUGGAUAAAAGCUCUCAGGCAGCCAUGGCGAUGAUGAUGAUGUGGUGACCAGAACGGUAGCUUCGCGUUAAGUUCGUCUUUCGUGCAGAUUCUCUUAAAUUGCUCGAUUGUCUAACUUGAGAAUGAACCUUUUCAUGCGAGCGAUUCUUGCUUGAGGCCCAUUAUUUAUUUCACUUUAAACUGGUCUACAUGUUUCACGUUCUUCAUGUGUGAAACCAUCUACGACCGACAGAGCUCAGGAUGACGCAGGCUGUCAGCUGUGAAUGACCAGCAAGUGUUUUGGAUGAUUUGCGCCAGUAUGUCCACCAAAGCCGAACUCUACCAGCCGUUUGCAGUCAGCUGUGUUAAUCUCAGACCUGCUUCAUUACCAGUUAUUUAGCAGGUCGACAUGUCUGCUGUCAUAGCUGUCCGAUCCUGCAGUCCAGCAAGCCCUGCUCGAUUAGCACCUCCAUGUUUCUGACCUUGUCCUCUCUAGAUAUUUAUUUUUCCUUUUUCCUCUGUGAGCCAACUGUGAAAAGGGCUAGAACACAUACCGAUGCACUUCUGUAUGUCAGCCGCGUAUUUAAAUUAUUUAUUUUCUGAAGUAUUGCUUUCACCGAGCUAUGCAGUAACAGAAGUAGGGUUAUUUAUUAUGACAAAACUUUCAUCGUGAGUCGUGUUGUUUUCAGAUUGUACUUGUCUCCUUUCCUCGUUUCAUCCUCGACCGUCUGUCCCGUCCACCUCGGCAGCACUGCAUGUGGCUAAUGAAUGGAUGCUUUGAGAACAGCCUUUCUUCCGGCGUAAAGUGGCGUGAUUGUCACUUUGUGUUGCAGUCAUCUUUUGAAACCUAUUAUAAAAUGUAGUUGGGUCUUAACAGGUGAAAAGGUACGAUUUAAAGGAGGGUACUGGUGUCAUUUCUCCAGCAGCUUUAUAUUUCCUGUAUGCACACUGUCAUAUUCUGCAUAAGGCAUCCAGGUGUUCUUCUUUAAUUUUAACCUUCUUCAGUUAAAGUUAACCAGUUUAAGAUUUCAUUCGCAGCCAGAUGUUACAUUUACAGGUUUUUCAUAAUUCCUUAAAUACAAACCGGUUUUUGAGGGAUGAGAUUUCAGUUUCUUCCUGAUAUGAAAAAACUCUGGUGUUAUCCUUUAAUUCAUCCCCGCAGUCCACACACAGACCUCUGGAGUCCCGAGCCGCAGCUUUUCAGUGUUCAUGCGAUGCCUCAGUGCUCCGUGGAACUGGUAGAAAUCAAAGACUGUAAGCUUCCCAUGUUAGCGCCUCAGCAGUGAGAAGUUGUGUGUUUCACUGUGGACUUCAUAUUUCAUCUUUGUUCAAAGCAGGAAAAUGUUUGACAGCAAAAAAAAUUUUCCAAGAAUUACAAUAAAUGCAUUAUUUUCUUGAUUUAUUGUUUAGUGAAUAAAAUGUCAAAAAAUGAGGAAAAUGUCUUCUUUUGUUGCCAAAACUCAAAUCUAUUCAGACUCAGAUCUGGAAUUUACUGUCAUAUGUGACAAAGAAAAGCAGCAGAUCCUCAGAUUUCCUCAGAUUUGAGGAGCUGAAACCUGCAAAUGUUCAGUAUUUUGGCUUGAAAAAUGUCUAAAUGAUUAUUAGAUGAUCAAAAUAGUUGCAGAGUGAUUUUAUUUCAGUUGGUUAAUUGAUGGACUGAUUUACCGCUGCAGACUCUGAUAUGCAGCCAUCACACUGAAGCUACAUUUGUUUGACUCACUUUUUUUGCCACUCAAAGGCAGAAUGAAAAUAAAUGAAAGUAAAAGACAAACAAUCUUUACUGUAUUUUCCUCAAGGCUCAAAACAUUUCCUCAGCUGUCAAUCAUUGUUCAAAUCAUUUUAUUUCUGAUUCAAGACAUUUCAUGUAUUUUUUUUUCUGGUUGCUUCUAAUUAGUAACUCCAAACUUUCAGAGUAACCAUAGACGUGUCCACACACUGACCACACUGUCAGAGGCAGGUCUGGCUGGGAGAUGAACAUUCCUUCACGUCUCUUAUGUGUUACUGUACUCUGCAGCUGAUAUCAUCAUCAUCAUCUUCAUCAUCACAUCUGCCACUCUGCAGUUCUCUCGCUGCUCCUCCUCCUCUCAUGUUGCUGUUAAAAGAACAAAAGUGUAACUGAUGAAGUACUACUGUCCUGAUUUGAGGCACAUUCAGUCAUAGCGCAGCAUCCUUUAGUCCACCAGUCUUCAGUCUGUCAGUAGGAAAACAGAAUAGAGGAUUAAAAAAACACACAGUACCUUGCUACAACGACUGUAUCUGAAAAAGAAAGUGAAAUCAGAUUAAUAUAUCUUAUAAUCUGAGUAGAAACUCUUUGGAAACGAUUUGUAACUUCUUUCCAGAAAUAAAUGUUCAUAU